AGAGAGCGCGCGGGGUAGAGAGCUCUAGAUGCUGCUACUUAGAUAAAUUAUGAACGUUCUGAUUGGAGAAGGAGAUGUUGCGGAUUCGAAGUUAGAUUUUUAUAAGUUGGUGGGAUGGAUUUGUUUAUGUUUUGGGAAAGAGGGAUGCCAAAAAGGCGGACUCGGGAGCAUCAAAUCCCAGUUUGACCAGCAGGGAGAGCGAGGGAGGGAGGGACAGGGAGAGAAAAAGAAGGGCCCUGCUUGCUUAGCUUAAUUAACAGAGACGAAGAUGGAGGAAGGAAGCAAAUCUAUUAACUUGGUUUAAUUAAUCGCCUUCUUUGAUAGUUUAAUUCGCUUUCCUUCUCUUCUCUUCUCCGUCGCAAAACCUCUCCUAAUUUUGCUGCCCGUUUCCGGCUUAAACCUUCGCAUUUUGAUUGCUUCCGUCUCGUCUCUUCUUCAUCUCUGCAAGAGAUCGAUUCCGGAAGCUCAAAAAGAUCAAGUCUUUGACUGCAAAUUUGGAUCUUUAUUCUUCUCCGCCGGCGAUGUGAGGGCUCGAAAGGCGGAGGAGGAGGAAGGGGAGUAGCGUAUCAGAAAGGAGUCGCCUCUGUUCCCUGUGAAUUAUCUGGAGGUAUGGAGAGAGGUAGCCUGAAACUGUUCUUCGUCUUUUUCGUUACGUGCAUGCUUGCUUUGCCUUCUUCCUCCGUGGAGAUGCUGGAGGAGGCCUCUGCUUUGAUCCAAUUCAAGAACAGCUCCGUCGAUUCCGAUCCCGACGGCUUCCUGCGGAGCUGGAAUUUGUCCGCCUCCAGCUCGAGCGGCGUCCCCUGUUCCUGGACCGGCGUCUUCUGCUCGAACUCCGACGGCCGGGUUCGCAGCCUCAACCUCAGCAACAUGGGCCUCAGCGGCCGACUCAGCCUCGAGCAUCUCAUGGAGCUCACGGCGCUGCGCGAUAUCAAUCUCCAGGGGAACUCCUUCUACGGCAACCUCUCCCACGGCAGCGCCGGCUUCGCCGCCCAAACCUGCAGUUUUGAGACGGUGGACAUUUCGUUGAACGCCUUGAACGCGACUGUCCCCGCCGGGUUCUUGGCCUCCUGCCGGAGCUUGAUUUCGCUCAACCUCUCGCGGAACACAAUCGCCGGAGGCAUCUUUCCCUUCAGCGCCGCGAUCCGUGUGCUGGACUUGUCUCGCAACCGCAUAUCCGACGCCGGGCUGCUCAACUACUCCAUAUCGAACUGCGCCAAUCUCACUUAUCUCAAUAUCUCCGACAACAAGCUCGCCGCCAGACUGGGCGCCGCCCUGCCGUCGUGCUCCAACCUUGCCACUCUCGACCUCUCCCACAACAAUCUCUCCGGUAGUUUCUCAAGCUUCGAUUUUGGGACCUGCGGAAGCAUCGAGGUGCUCGAUUUGUCCUACACUGGCUUGAGCGGUGCCGGGCUUCCCCUGAGCUUGGCCAAUUGCAAGCAGCUUGCCGAGCUCGACCUCUCUGGAAAUAAAUUCACCAGACAGAUCCCGUCCUUUUUGGGAAAUUUUUCAAAUUUGCGAAGGUUGUCCAUGGCAAACAACCAAUUUUGGGGCGAGAUCCCGCGUGAGCUGGGCCACACAUGUGGGACUCUGGUGGAGCUCAACCUCUCUGGAAACAGCCUCACCGGUGGCUUGCCUUCGACCUUCAACUCAUGCUCAUCGCUGGUGCGGUUGGAACUUGGAGACAACCAGCUAUCUGGCAAUUUCGUCGAGGAAGUCAUUAGCACUAUGCUUGCUCUGCGAUAUCUCCACCUCCCGUUCAACAACAUCACCGGCCCUGUUCCAUUGGAGGCAUUAACGAGCUGUCUGUCUCUUGAGGUUAUGGAUCUCGGCUCCAAUGGAUUCACCGGUGAAAUGCCCGCCGGCCUCUGCUCCUCUCUCCCUAAGCUUCAGAAGAUCUUGCUGCCAAACAAUUUUCUCUCAGGAGCAGUGCCCGUGGACCUUGGCAACUGCAGUAAUCUUCAAACACUUGAUCUUAGCUUUAAUGAAUUGAGUGGGCCGGUUCCACCCGGAAUCUGGUCGCUGCCGAAACUUGUAGACUUAGUGAUCUGGGCUAACAAUCUCUCCGGCGAGAUUCCUGAUAGCCUCUGCUCAAACAGUGCCACAAUGGAGACUUUAAUUCUGAGCUACAACAGGAUCAGUGGCAGCAUCCCACCCUCGUUCUCCAACUGCGUGAAUCUUAUUUGGGUUUCUCUCUCAGGAAACCUGCUCACAGGAAGCAUUCCUAUCGGUAUAGGAAACCUACACAGCCUGGCCAUCCUCCAACUAGGCAACAACUUGCUUUCGGGCGAGAUACCAGAGGGACUUGGUAGCUGUCGGAAUCUCAUAUGGCUUGAUCUCGCCAGCAAUGGCCUUAUCGGUCACAUUCCUCCAUCCCUUGCAGCACAAGAAGGGCAUAUAGUCCCGGGAAUUGUCUCGGGUAAGCAAUUUGCAUUCUUGAGAAAUGAAGCGGGGAACAUAUGCCCGGGUGCCGGCGUGUUAUUUGAGUUCGAGGACAUCAGGACAGAGAGGCUGGCUAACUUCCCCCUGGUGCAUUCUUGUCCUGCCACUAGAAUCUACACUGGAACAACUGUCUAUACUUUUGCAAGAAAUGGAAGUAUGAUCUAUCUAGACCUCUCAUACAACUCGCUAUCAGGAACAAUACCGGAGAACAUUGGGUUGAUGGAAUACCUCCAAGUUCUCAACAUGGGGCACAAUCAGCUAAUUGGUUCAAUACCUGAAUCUUUUGGUGGUUUAAAAUCCAUCGGUGUUCUUGAUGUCUCCAACAAUCAUCUCACAGGCUACCUCCCCGCGGGACUAGGAAGUCUCACAUUCCUAAGCGACUUGGAUGUCUCAAACAACAACCUCACCGGUCCGAUUCCAACCACAGGCCAGCUUACGACAUUCCCAUCAUCUCGCUAUGCAAACAAUUCUGGUCUUUGCGGGCUACCUUUGCCCCCAUGCGGGGCUAAAGCUGGAGGUCACGACUUGUCCUAUGAUUCUGGUCAGAGGAGGAGAUACUUUGGCGGCAGCGUUUUCAUUGGCAUUGUGAUAUCUGUGCUGAUCAUAUUGUCACUUGUAUUGGCUCUAUAUCGGAUGAAGAAGCAACAGAAAACUGAGAACAUGAGAGUUGGCUACGUUGAGAGUCUCCCCACCUCCGGGACAAAUAGCUGGAAGCUCUCUGGUGUUCUUGAGCCUCUCAGCAUCAAUGUUGCCACAUUUGAGAAACCUCUGAGGAAGCUAACAUUUGCGCACCUCCUUGAGGCCACCAAUGGCUUCAGUGCUGACAGCUUGAUUGGUUCCGGCGGCUUUGGAGAGGUCUACAAGGCUCGACUCAAAGAUGGAACAGUGGUUGCAAUCAAGAAGCUAAUACAAGUCACUGGCCAGGGGGAUCGGGAGUUCACUGCAGAAAUGGAGACAAUUGGCAAAAUAAAGCAUCGAAACCUUGUACCUCUGCUCGGGUACUGCAAGAUUGGCGAAGAGAGGCUUUUGGUCUACGAUUACAUGAAGUUCGGAAGCUUAGAUGAUCUUCUUCAUGAAAAGGCAAAGGGCGGAGCCAUCAGGCUGGAUUGGGCAGCGAGAAAGAAGAUUGCUAUCGGAUCAGCUAGGGGGCUUGCUUUCCUUCAUCAUAGUUGUAUUCCUCACAUCAUACACAGAGACAUGAAAUCCAGCAACGUUCUCCUGGACGAGAACUUGGAGGCCUGCGUAUCUGAUUUCGGAAUGGCGAGGCUUAUGAAUGCUCUUGACACUCAUCUUAGUGUGAGCACACUAGCUGGAACACCCGGCUAUGUGCCACCAGAGUAUUACCAGAGCUUUAGGUGCACAACAAAAGGGGAUGUGUAUAGCUACGGGGUAGUGCUCUUGGAGCUCCUAUCAGGGAAGAAACCCAUCGACCCAACUGAAUUCGGGGACAACAACCUUGUUGGCUGGGCUAAGCAAUUGGUGAAAGAGAACAGGUACAGUGAAAUCUUUGAUCCUGACUUGAUGAAGACAAAAUCUGAGGCACCUGAGAUCUUCAGAUAUCUGAAUAUCGCCUGUCAGUGCUUGGAUGAUCGACCGCUGAAAAGACCCACAAUGAUUCAAGUUAUGGCAAUGUUUAAAGAGCUCCAAAUAGACACAGACAGUGAUUUCAUCGAUGUGAUAACCAUCGAACCAGUUAUAAUUGACGAAUCAGGAGAAAAAGCACCUUAAUCUUCCUGUGUUCAGAAAGUAGCAAAUUUUGUUUCAUUGAAGGUGGCAUUGUAACAGUUGUAUCUUAAUUGCCAUUGCAGCACCACACCUGCAUUUUUUAUUUCUGUAAAUAUCACAAGAAUGUUUAAUUAGGCAGGAAAAAAACAGGAGAUUUAGAUGACAUAACAUUGUUUAAAGUGCCAUGUAUACUAAGAGUAGAAACAAAUACAUGGAAGAACAGCUGCUCUUGGUGGAAAGUAUUUUUGCCCUCAA